CGAGACAAAAGGCGCUCGCGAGCCGGUGGGCGAUCCGUUCAAAUCCGUACCCAAGACGUCAGUCCUCCCAAGGGUAACGUGAGGGGCACGCGGGUGCGUAACUCAAGUCGCGAAAGCAGGAAAAAAUAGCUACCAAGGCCUCCGUCAAUCCUCGUCAAUGGGUUAGGUAGUAAUCAAUCCUCCUCCUAUCUUUGCAUUCCUUUUCCUUCCUUCCCUAGAGCAAGACUCGGGAGGUAUUCCGUGCUAUUCUUUGCAUAUAUAUACGCGUCCUUUAUACCCAACGCCAACAAGGGCUGGACCCCUCGCACCUUGACGGUCGCGCAUUGGCAAAUCAGAUGACGGUCCAAGACGAAGACCUCGAACGGCGUCGAUACAAGGCGCCGUACAGCAACCACCGACCUAUACCAACCAUUCAAAAGUACCAGCAAGAGAAGGAGAAACGGCAAGCAAAGGCUGGCGCUGGCGAUGGCUACCCACCACCAAAAGGGCAAGAGGGGGAGCAGGAGGAUACGGAUACCGCGAAUCGAUACCUAUACUCGAGAGAGCAUAGCGAUGUCGACUCGGACAACUCGGACCUCGACAACCCUGCCCACGAGAAAAAGGACCGCACCCAGCACUUCAAAAAGAAGCUUGUCGGUGGUGGCGCCCAUGACCCUUCAGACUUGAUGAACGACACAUCCGAAGCUCCCAUCCAAGACCAGGAUCCCAAGCAACGACGCAAAGCUUUGGGUAAAAGACAACGUAAAGGCGAACGCGCCUACCGAGAGGUCACCGACCCCGUCACCCAUCUUCCUGUACGCAUCCACGACUUACAACCUGGAGACUUGAAGAGAGUACCUGAGAAUCUGGGGCCACCUGGCUCCGAGUCAAGGUCGGCGACAGGCUUGCAGAACAAAAGAAAGACCGAUGACAUGCUGGCUGAGGAAACAGAAGAAAGUGGACGACAUCACGCCGCGCUCGAGAAUCUCUUCCCACCACCAGACUUUGACGAGAUUAAGAAUCGGCUGAACAAGAUUCAAAAGCUAGGAAUCACAAUUGGUGUCGUCGCCGUCUUUGUCGCCAUUGGAGCUUACAAGGCUAUGGGGGCUUUCUUCUUUGCGCGGAAUGAUGCUCGCCCUGGCGUUUCGUGGUCAUUCCUUUGGCCGUACAUCUCCAGUGGCUUUGGUACCAUCUCGCUACUCGCUCUUACGGUGGCUGUCAUAUUCUGGAUUCAGAAAUGGACCGAUAGACAAGUCAAUAGGCUGUGGGAGGAAGAGAUCUGGCACGCCGAUAAGCACACGGCGAAGGAUCACGACGGUAAAGAAGAGACGACUCAAUGGCUCAACAACAUCCUGACUUCGCUUUGGCCGCUUGUGAAUCCCGACCUUUUUGUUUCGCUAGCAGACACUGUCGAGGAUGUCAUGCAGGCUUCGCUUCCGUCAGUUGUCCGCAUGGUCAGCAUUGAGGAUAUCGGUCAGGGUAGCGAAUCUAUGCGCAUCCUGGGUGUCAGAUGGCUACCCACCGGUGCUGCUGCCCGUUCAGUCGGCGCAGAUGGAAAACUCAGCUCAAGGCCGCAGGAAGAACAGCACAACGAUCGCAGUGUACCUGGUGAAUGGCAGGUCGACGAAAACGCAUCUCCCGAGCAGGCCCAGAAUCAGGAUCAAACCUUGGACAACGCUCAAGGACCCAAGAAGAACCGAGAACAAGAAGAAUCGGAUGACAAGCAGAUCGCCGAAGGCAUGGAAGCAGAGGAGGGCGACUUCAUCAACAUUGAAGUUGCAUUCGCCUACCGAACUCGUUCUACCUCGAAGAAAUUCAAGGAUCGAGCAAAGCAUGCGCACUUAUACAUCUCUUUCUACUUGCCCGGCAACAUCAAGAUUCCCGUAUAUGUCGACUUGCGAGGUUUCGUUGGCAUCAUGCGUUGUAGGUUGCAGCUCACGCCGGACCCGCCGUUCUUCGCCCUUUGCACGUUCACUCUUCUUGGACAGCCCAACGUCGACGUUGCUUGUACGCCUUUGACAAGAAAAGGUCUGAAUAUCAUGAAUCUGCCAGUCAUAUCGCAUUUCGUCCAGACUGCGGUUGAUGCUGCUGUGGCUGAAUAUGUCGCUCCCAAGAGCAUGACCAUCAACCUUCAAGACAUGAUUGCUGGUGAGGAUUUCAAAAAGGAUACCAGAGCUCGAGGUGUGAUUGUCGCCAAGAUCAAGCGCGCUUUCGAUUUCAAGGAAGGAGAUCCUGCCAUUCCCAUGAUCAGAGAAGGCUCGGCUGACCCGUACGUUUCGGUCGGAUGGGCCAAGUUCGUCAAGCCAUUGUGGUCGACUCGUGUCAUUCUUUCUGAGAUGAACCCGCACUGGGAGGAGACUGCGUUCAUCCUGGUCACACCUGAUGAGCUGAACGUGGAUGAAAGACUCCGCGUACAGCUUUGGGAUUCUGAUCGCUUUACUGCAGAUGAUGAUCUUGGUCGCAUCGAAAUGGACCUUAAGGAGUUGAUCCGCAACAAGGAAACCAGAGGCAGAAUGUCCGACCGUGUUGAUGGAUUCAAGGCUCUACAUGCUGGUGAAGGUCUUCCUGGAAAACUCGAAUGGAGCGUUGGCUACUUCCCCAAGGCCCACAUUGUCGAGGAGCAGCUCAAGCGACAAACCGAGGAACCCGAAAUCAGAUCCAGGGACGCACUGGAGAAGAUGGUCGAAGAAUCUGCCAACCGGAAGCUUCGUGAAGCUAAAAAGGAUGAAAGCAGAGAGACGGAACAGCUCAAGCUACAACAGUACAAAGAGGUGGAGGAUGCGAUGAUCAUCUCCGCACCGCCCCUUCACGACUACCCCAGCGGCAUUCUGGCCAUCCAAAUUCAUGAAGCUACUGGUUUGGAAGUACGUGCACACCACAACGCUGCUCGCUACAACGACGAUCCAGAGCCAAGCGGCUUCGAAGAGCAGGGCGAUGAACUCCCAUCCUGCUACUGCAACAUUAUUCUCAACCACCAAAAGAUCUACCGAACACGAGUCAAGCCCAAGAACGCAAAACCCUUCUUCAACGCAGGCACCGAGCGCUUCGUUCGUGACUGGAGAACCGCCGAAGUCUAUGUCACCGUCCGAGAUGCUCGCGUCCACGAAGACGAUCCAGUCAUGGGAAUCGUCCGACUCCCUCUGAUCGAUAUAAUGAAGAAGCGCUCGCAAGUCAACAACACAUAUCCCCUCUACGGUGGCGUAGGCUACGGUCGCAUCCGUAUCAGCAUGGUCUUCCGUAGUGUUGAAAGCCAAUUUCCCAAGGAACUACUUGGUUGGGAUUGGGGCACGCUUAUCAUCGACCCACGCAUUACCUCCUCCGCCUCUUUCCCUUCUGACCUUCAAUCCUGCCGCCUGAAGGUCCAAACUGCGAUCACGGUGGCGCAUAUGAAAGCGCACAAAGAUGAGCAUGCAUGGGCUAGUCGGCAUAACAAUGGCAUUCAUCUAGGCGUCCGCCGCCGCUACGCCAGUUGCCUCAUCAUCCAAUUCCGCAAAGAUGCCUCUCUGCGUGACAAAACCGCCGCCUUUGCCGUGCUUUGGCUCUGCGAGAUCCCCGACAACGAAGACGUUUCUCUCUCCCUUCCAGUCUGGAAAGGCGACUUGAAGCGCGCUACAACUUGUAAAUUGGACUCCUACGGCGACAAAAUGGGCGAGAUAAACAUCAAGCUCAAAUUCUGCAGAGGCUUGAGCAGAUAUCACAAGAGAUUGGCCAAACACGAUAAACACCUCGCCGACGUCAUGGAAGUUGUGGAAACGGCAAGAUUCCAAAUGACCAACAGUGAAGCCGACGACCCCGGCGCCGUCAAGAACAACAUUGCCAAAAAUGGGGACGGCGAGGCUAAAGGCCUUCAAGACUCCACAGGCGCAAAUAACGGCAGUUGCCCGCACGCCGAAGGCGACAGUUCCGACCACUCCUCCUCCUCCGACUCUUCCUCCUCCGACUCCGACUCGUCCUCCACAACCACAGAAUCCCUCUCCCACCGCGAAAGAAUUAAACGAAAACUAUCCCACCACCGCCACUCCAGUAUUUCGAAACUCACCACUGGCACCUCUGAAGACAAGACACAAAGAGGGGAAAACGGAAGUAGAAAUGUGGUGGACUCGUAUCAUGAGUACAGGGAACACAGUAAACAGAUCAAUAGGAGGCACAGAGGUGUCAUGCAGUUCAAAAGUGCGAGGACCAUGUGGUGGAUGAAGCACAAGGCUGAGCAUUUGCAAGAUAAAGUGCAGGGGAUUUUUGAACAUCAUGAGAGAGCUACGGGGAUAGAGAGUGAGGCGUAGGGAAAGGGAGAGGAAGUGGAGGGUGAUAGGGGUGUAGAUGGAGAUGGAAGUGGAGGGUGAAGCACCUAAUAGUGGUAGAGGUGG